CCGGGAUUCUCCGCUCGCCCCGGGGCGGGGCUGGGCCGGUGCAGCGGGGCGCUGGGGCGGCCCCUUCCCGGGGCACUGGACGGUGCGGCCGGCGGCUCUGCUCCGGGGCGCUGGGGGAGCCCUCGGCUCGGGCUCCCCCGCGCGACUCGCCCCUCCCCCGCCAGCACCGCCCGGGGGCUCGCUUAUUUGCAGAUUUAAUCCGAACCCCCCCGGGGGGGCGCGGCGGCUCCGCGGCUAGGAUCCACUGCGGGAUGGAGGGAGCCUUCCCCGCGUCCUGACAUGCCCGCGGCCAUGCGGGGGCUGCUGGCCCCCCAGAACACUUUCCUGGACACCAUCGCCACCCGCUUCGAUGGGACGCACAGUAACUUUGUGCUGGGCAAUGCCCAGGUGUGCAGCACCUUCCCGGUGGUCUACUGCUCCGACGGCUUCUGCGACCUGACGGGCUUCUCGCGGGCCGAGGUCAUGCAGGGCUGCUGUGCCUGCACCUUCCUCUACGGGCCCGACACCAGCGAGCUCGUCCGCCAGCAGAUCCGCAAGGCCCUGGACGAGCGCCAGGAGUUCAAGGCCGAGCUGAUCCUGUACAGGAAGAGUGGUACCCCCUUCUGGUGCCUCCUGGACGUGGUGCCCAUUAAGAAUGAGAAGGGCGAGGUGGCACUCUUCCUGGUCUCCCACAAGGACAUCACCGACAGCAAGAGCCGGCCGGGUGCCGAGAACUGGAAGGAAGGUGGGAAGCGCCGGUUCAGCCGGCCCGGCGCCAAGGGGUUCAAUGCCAACCGGCGCCGGAGCCGGGCCGUGCUCUAUCAUCUCUCCGGACACCUGCAGAAACAGGGCAGGAGCAAACACAAGCUCAACAAGGGCGUGUUUGGGGACAAGCCCUCGCUCCCCGAGUACAAGGUGGCCGCGAUCCGCAAGUCGCCCUUCAUCCUGCUGCAUUAUGGCGCCUUCAAGGCCGGCUGGGACGGGCUCAUCCUAUUGGCCACGCUCUACGUGGCCGUGACGGUGCCCUACAGCGUCUGUGUCAGCGCCAGCUCUGACGAGGGGCUCACGGCCGGCCGCGGCCCCCCCAGCGUCUGCGACCUGUGCGUGGAGAUCCUCUUCAUCCUGGACAUCGUGCUCAAUUUCCGCACCACCUUCGUCAGCAAGUCGGGCCAGGUGGUGUUCGACCCGCACGCCAUCUUCCUGCACUACCUCACCAGCUGGUUCCUGCUCGACCUGGUGGCCGCCCUGCCCUUCGACCUGCUCUAUGCCUUCAAGAUCAACGUGUAUUUUGGGGCUCACCUGCUGAAGACGGUGCGGCUCCUGCGGCUGCUACGGCUGCUGCCCAACCUGGACCGGUACUCGCAGUACAGCGCCGUGGUGCUGACGCUGCUCAUGAUCGUCUUCGCCCUGCUGGCCCACUGGGUCGCCUGCAUCUGGUUCUUCAUCGGCCAGCUGGAGAUCGAGAGCAGCCGCUCGGAGCUGCCCGAGAUCGGUUGGCUCCAGGAGCUGGCUCGGCGCCUCGAGACCCCCUACUACCUGGCGAGGAAGAGCUGCAGGUCCCUUGCCAACGGGACGGGCCCGGGAGGGCCCCCUGGGGCCAACUGCAGCCUCACUGGGAACAGCUGGGAGCUGCUGGGGGGGCCCUCACUGCGCAGUUCCUACCUCACCUCACUCUACUUCGCCCUCAGCAGCCUGACCAGCGUCGGCUUCGGCAACGUCUCAGCCAAUACCGACACCGAGAAAAUCUUCUCCAUCUGCACCAUGCUCAUCGGGGCGCUGAUGCACGCCGUGGUGUUCGGGAACGUGACGGCCAUCAUCCAGCGCAUGUACGCCCGGCGCUUCCUGUACCACAGCCGCACCCGCGACCUGCGGGACUUCAUCCGUAUCCACCGCAUCCCCAAGGCGCUCAAGCAGCGCAUGCUGGAGUAUUUCCAGACCAGCUGGGCCCUGCACAACGGCAUCGACACCCACGAGCUGCUGCGGAGCCUGCCGGACGAGCUGCGGGCCGACAUCGCCAUGCACCUGAACAAGGAGCUGCUGCAGCUGCCGGUGUUCGAGGCGGCGAGCCGGGGCUGCCUACGCGCCCUCUCGCUCAGCAUCAAGCCGGCGUUCUGCACCCCGGGCGAGUUCCUCAUCCACCAGGGCGACGCGCUGCAGGCCCUCUACUUCGUGGGCUCGGGCUCCAUGGAGGUGCUGAGGGACGACACCGUCCUGGCCAUCCUAGGGAAGGGGGAUCUGCUGGGCUGCGACCUCUCGGGCCAGGAGCACGUGAUCAAGGCCAACGCGGACGUCAAGGGCCUGACCUACUGCGACCUGCAGGGCCUGAGCCUGCAGGGGCUGGGUGAGAGCCUGGCGCUGUACCCCGAGUUCGCCCGCAAGUUCCGCCAGGAGAUCCACACCGAGCUCAGCUACAACCUGGGCAGCGCCGGGCCCCAGGCUGACACCAGCUCGCUGAACGGCGACAGCGCCGUGCUGGAGGACAAGGCGGCUGAGGACGCCCCUGUGUCCCCACCCCACUCGUCAGCCAGCCCAGCCCAGGAACCCUCGGAGGCACCGUCCAGCCCCAAGCUGCCCCCCGGCUGCUCCCCCUCGGCCAUGGAAGCCAAGCUGCUGUCGCCCAGGAGGGGCAUCCUGCCCCGGACACGGCGCCUGCCCUCUGCUGCUGGCCACCAGGCCCUGCAGCUCCACGGCCUGCCCUGGAUGGGGCCCCCUGACCUCAGCCCCAGGGUGGUAGACGGCAUCGAGGAAGACGCCUGCGGCUCGGAUAAGUCCAUGUUCAGCUUCCAGGUCGGCCCCUCGGGCCCCGACUGCAGUAGCCCCUCCCCUGGGCCAGACAGCGGGCUGCUCGCCAUCCCCCUGGGCCCAGCGGAGCUGACGGGCGCAGACACCAUUGAGAAGCUGCGGCAGGCGGUGGCCGAGCUGUCGGGGCAGGUCCUGCAGAUGCGUGAGGGGCUGCAGUCACUGCGCCAGGCCCUGCAGCUCUUCCUGCUGUCCCAGCCGCCAGCUCCGCUCGCCCGCGCCGAGGGCACCGCCUCAGCCUUCCCCGGUGCCACCCUGCUGCAGCCGCUGCGCUUGGAGACGGGCAUCCCGGCCUUCCUCCUGCACAGCUCCGCGCCCGGCCCAUGCCUCAACGCAGCCUGCCCCCGCGCCCGCCCUGCUCCCCCGCGGGCCUGGGGCCCGCCCGCCUCCCACAGCUCCCCCUGGCCCGGCGCCCCCCGGACCUCAGCAGGGGGCACAGACACGGAGCUCGGGGCUAGCGCAGCCUCUGCCCCGGUGGAGCCCGGCAGCACGUGGCCAGCGGCCGGCCCCAGGGACCCCACUGCUCCCACGGCAGCACCGGCCUCCCCUGCCCCCCACGGACCGCCAACUGCUGAGACGGACCCCCAGGGGCCUCCAGCUCCGGCCGCUUUCCCUCGGCCCUGGGACCCGCCUGGCCUGGAGAUGGUGCUGCUGGGCGCCCCCAGCGCCGUGGGCACCCCCUGCUGGCCCCAGGAGGAGGGCACAGGCAUGUGAAGGCUGCACCCCCCCACACACACCAGGAUUUUUCUGCCCUGCCCCCGGAGAGCCAGGGGGCUUGGCCUGGCCACACAGCCCCCAUGGGGAGCCUCCGCCAGCCAUGGGGCUUGGGCUGCGUUCCCAACACACCACUGCCUCUGGGGGCUGCCCCCAUGAGCAGUGCGGGGGGACAGGCCACAAGGGGUCCAGUGCAGGAGCUGCUCUCCAGAGCUUGUGGCAGGAGCCUGAUUCCACCCACCCCCAAGGGCACAGCUGGCCCCAGAUGGCGGAGAAGGGGCAGGGUCCCGUCUGGCCUGUGGAACAGGGGGCAGGGGGCCCCCUUGCCUCCAGGCAGUUGGGGGCAGCAGGGCUUCCAGUCCAUAGGGCUUCCCCUCCCCCUCCCGUUUUACAUUAA